GUAAUCAACGGUGGAUAUCGCUCGCUCGUCAAAUCCUUCCUCUCCUCCCCGAAUUCCCCGGCGGCGGCGGCGGCGGCGCCACCCUCGGCUGCCCCCGCCCGCCGCGCUCGAUGCCGGCGACGACUCCGUCUCCUGCUCCCAUUAAUUCUCCAUGUGCUCCCGCGUGGCGGCGGCCUCCACCUCCCACGCCUCGCACUGCGCCGACCUCCUCACCCGCCUGCUCCGCCGCGGCCGCCUCCGGGAGGCGCGCGCCGUCGCCUCCCGCCUCGCCCUCGCCGACGCCCCCGACCCCGCCGUCUCCGACGCGCUCGUCGCCUGCCACUCCCGCCUCGGUGACAUCUCCUCCGCGCUCUCCCACUUCCACCGCCUCGUCCAGUCGGGCGCCGCCCCCUCGCCCGCCUCCACCGCCGCGCUCCUCCGCGCCAUGUGCUCCGCCUCCAUGUCCACAGAGGCCAUGGACGUUCUCGUGCUCUCGAUGGGCAACCCCUCGCCGUUGCCCGUCUCGGACUUCGCCCUCCUCAUCCCGGGCCUGUGCUCCGAGGGGGCCGUCGACAAGGCCCGCUUCCUGUUCGACGCAAUGCUUCGCUCCGGGCUCACACCCCCCGUCCGCGUCUACAGGUCGCUUGCCUUCGCAUACUGCAAGGCCAGGCGCUCCCUCGAUGCCAGCGACAUGUGCCAGCUGAUGCUCAUCAAAGGGAUGUAUCUCGAUAGGGAGCUCAGCACGGCGCUCAUCCGGGUGUUUUGCCGGGAGGGGCGGCUGGAGCCUGCGCUGGAUGUGUUCCGUAGGAUGAAGGGGGAUGAGCAUGUUCAGUUGGAUGCGUACGCUUACACGACGAUGAUAUGGGGAUUGUUUGAGCAUGGGCGUGUCGAUCAUGGCCUCCAGAUGUACCAUGAGAUGAUUGACAGGGGCAUUCAGCCUGACGCAGCAACCUACAAUGUGAUGAUCAGGUGGUAUUGUAAGAGCAAGUGGGUUGGUGCUGCCAUGGAUAUCUACAAGGUGAUGAUAAGGACGGGUGUUGCACCUGACUUGAGGUGCUACACUAUUCUGAUGGCAUCGCUCUGCAAGGAUGGGAAGUUGGGUGAGGCCGAGAAUCUGUUUGAUAAGAUGCUGGAGAGUGGCCUUUUCCCUGACCAUGUUAUGUUUAUUUCGAUAGCGAGGUUCUUCCCCAAAGGCUGGGUGGUUUUAUUUGUGCGGAAAGCAUUGAAGGCUGUUGCCAAGUUGGAUUGUGGCGCCAAGCUGCUGGAGCUUUCUUCGCUUGCCGGUGGGUGCUCGAACAUGAGUUUACAGAAGGAGGCUGACCAUCUUCUCGAUGAAAUAGUGACAAGCAAUGUGCUCCCUGUUAAUAUCGUUCUCAAUUUGAUGAUAAUUGCCAUGUGCUCGGAGGGGAGGCUAGAUGUGUCCUACUAUCUACUGGGGAAGCUGGUGGCUUAUGGCUGUGAGCCCUCUGUCUUAACAUACAAUAUCGUGAUAAAAUGCCUGUGUGAGCAAAAUCGUAUGGAUGAUGCUAGGGCACUCAUUACUAUUAUGCAGAGCAGGGGUGUCAGACCUGAUAUGUCCACAAAUUCAAUCAUGGUAACAGCAUACUGUAAGAUUGGUGAAAUAGAAAGUGCACUUCAUCUGUUUGGUGAAAUGGCCAAGGAUGGGAUAGAGCCUUCUAUUGCAGUAUAUGAUUCUAUUAUAGUGUGCUUGUGUAGAAUGAGGCGCCUUAAAGAAGCGGAGGCUACACUCCGCCAAAUGAUUCGAGAAGGAUUAGCACCAGAUGAGAUUAUUUACACAUCACUUAUUAAUGGAUAUUCCUUGACGAGGCAAACAAGGAAUGUGUGCCGUAUUUUCGAUGAAAUGCUAAAGAGAGGUUUGCAACCUGGUCCCCAUGCUUAUGGUUCACUUAUAAAUGGCCUGGUAAAGGGAAACAAAAUCAGAAAGGCUCUUGGUUAUUUGGAAAGGAUGCUGGAGGAGGGCAUCGCACCACAAACAGUCAUCUAUACAAUGCUUAUAAAUCAGUUUUUUAGGAAAGGAGAUGUAAGAUUAGGUUUAGAUCUUGUUGUUUUGAUGAUGAAAACCAAUGUUGCACCUGAUCUCAUCACCUAUGGUGCUUUAGUCACUGGCAUUUGCCGAAAUAUAGCUCGCCGAGGCAUGAGACCGUCUCUGGCUAAAAAACUGAAGGAAGCAAGGUAUAUGUUAUUUAGAAUGCUGCCUCAAAUCAUUGAUACAAGAAAUGGAAAACAGAAGGACAAUCAGAUAUGUACAGAGGAAAUGAUUCAGGUUGCUCAGGGUAUAAUUCAGGAUCUUGAAGAAAAUGGUAUGGUGCCUGAUUUACAUAUUUACAAUGGGAUGAUUAAUGGCCUUUGUAGAGCCAAUAAGAUGGAUGAUGCUUACAGCCUCUUAUCUGUGAUGGACCAAACUGGUAUUCUUCCCAAUCAUGUGACGUAUACUAUACUCAUGAAUAAUCAAAUAAGAUUAGGAGACAUCAACCAUGCUAUCCAACUAUUUAACUCAUUGAACAGUGACGGAUGUGUCUUUGAUAAGAUAACAUACAACACUUUUAUUAAGGGGCUUUCUCUUGCUGGACGAAUGAAAGAAGCACUUUCGUUUUUAUUGAUGAUGCACAAAAGAGGCUUUGUUCCUAGUAAGGCUUCCUAUGACAAACUAAUGGAGCUUCUUCUUGCUGAAAAUGCAAUUGAUAUUGUCCUACAGUUAUUUGAAGAUAUGCUUUUCCAGGGUUAUACUCCACGAUAUGCCAACUACACUUCUUUGCUAUUGGUACUUGCAAAAGAUGGACGAUGGAGUGAGGCUGACAGGAUUUUUACAAUGAUGCUGAAGAAAAGGAAGUAUCUUGAUAAAAAAACAAAGAAAUGUUUAGAGGAGCUAUGCUAUAAACAGGGGGAACUUGAUUUGGCUUUUGAAAUGGAGGGUAGCGUGCCUCUAUAUGCAGUAGGAUAAUGGAUGUAUGCUACAGAAGGCAUCAAAUGCCAAAGUGAUUACCAAAGCUACUUGGAGUUCUUCAAGGUUUCAGGAAGGCGAGAAGCCUGAGCUAGGUAUUGGAGGAAAGCUGUGAGCAGAUGCUAACAAAAUGGCACUAUGCAGCCAUGCAGGAUGUUUAUAAAUUGGUGGGAGAUCACAAAGACAGAACUCAGGAUGCUUCAGCACCUUGGGGCACAUUGCAAUGCAAGCUUGAGUUUCUUGUUAAAACUGAAGUGAAGACAGAGUUCUCAUCCAAAAACUCUGUGUCGUGAAUCAUGCGUUCAUGAGUGUAGGAUUUCCUUGCAUUAUUUGCUUACGAUGUUUGAUUUAUGAGACAAAGGGAAUAUGUGGCACUGCAUGCGUUCUGCCAUCUCAUUGUUCAGUUUUUUACCUGAACAGAGGCAGAACUUCAAUUUGUUUCUGGAAGCUUUGAAUCUGUUGAGUACAUUAGAACGUUUGAGCCCUUGCUAUUUUGAGGAAUGCUGAGCUCACCUAUAUAAUUCCUAUGAGAAUAGUCAUGAAUCUGUAUCAAGGGAUGUGCAUGUCACGCUGUCGGUGAAAACAGUGGAUGAGAAAGGCCCGGGGGUCUUCCGGCUAGCACCACAAGGUUUGGGCUAGUUGACCUGGGUUCGAGCCUCACCCCUCUUAAUAAAUUUCAAUAUGAGAGCCCAUCCUCUCAUAUCCAUCGUGAAAGCAGUGGAUGCAUGAAAUAGGAUGUUAUGAUGUUGUUGUUCUACUAAAGCAUGAAUAUAAAUGUACUUUCAGAAAAGGUGAAGUUGAGUCAUUGUGGUACUGUGAAGCAUGAAUAUCAUUUCCUUGACCUGGUUCAGUAUAUCUAAUAGGCAGAAUGUUGGUUCAAACAAAGAAGCUGAGUCAUUGUGGAUGGCUUGUUGCUGUUGGACCAAUAUUUUGAAGAAACUCCAUCCUCAGAUUACUUGGUAGUCUGAUUAGUGUUGGUUCCCUUGCAACAACACAAAGGGAAUAUGUUGCCUUGCAUGCCUUCUGCUGUCGCAAUGUUCAGAUGCAAAAUGCUAUUGUACAGUCAUGUCUUGAUCACUUCCCCAAGUAUGAAAAGCAGCCACCUGUUAUGCCUGAUUGUUUCACUCCAAAUUUUGCUGAUCAUCUGCAUCGUACUUUCGAUGGGCCUCAGCUAUCAGCAAUUCAUUGGUCUGCAAUGCAUUUAUAAAUGUGGGAAAAACGUAAGGUCCCCCGUCAAGGAAAAACGCAUACAAUGUGGGAAAAAUGUAAAUGUUAUCCUUAUAUAAUCAAGUAGAUAAUCCAUGGCAACAAUCCGCUCAAUAAUUUGUUUCAAACUGAGCAUAGUGGUAUAAAGUACUAUUUCAUUUAUCAUUUCUAAUGUUUUUAACCCUAUUAAAUCUUGUAAAAUUCAUAACUAAUUCAUACGACCUCAAAAUGUGAACGUUCAAGUUGGAGAAUCCAUAUAGGGGAAAAAAAUGUCAAGACCUAUCUCUUCAUGACU